UAUGCAAUCAGCACAUUGGCCCCCUCCAGCGUUGGGCUCCAGAAAAAAAGGCCUUUUUCGUUGGAGAAAUCUAUUUAGGAAGCGUUCAGCCGAGUGGAGCCUUGACCUGACAUGGGAAGUGACUCCAGCGUCCAGCAGAGGACGUUCAAGGUCAUCAAACAACAACAUGGUCAUGGAUGACAGGGCACACUGGCAGUUGUAAGGUUUCUUGUGGAGAAGAAUGCUUCUCAUUUCAGGACAAAUUCCAUCCAUACAAGGAGCUCGCUAGUACAGUAAAGGGUUUAUCUUUGUUCCUCUACCUGUGUCUCCUGUGCAGUCUUAUCACAGUUGAAUGACCUAAUAACCUCCAAUGGGCCGUGUGAGUCCAAAGCGGACGUGGUUCUAAGGGCCCAUACUACCAACUGGAUGGAUGUGAUUGGAUGCAUAGGCACAUGACCUCCUGAGAGCCCAAAGGACCUGCUAAUAGAACUACAAUGAAAAUGUUCUCCUGUUUUUCCUUUUCAUGUAAAAACAGCUGAGCGGAGCUGUUUGACGCUAUCGUUGCCCCGUUGGAAGGGAAACGUGGAGCGCACUGGGCCAGACUGUAGCGCUUUGUCGGACCAUGCAACAGCCAGACAAGUGUGUCCUCUUUCUUGAGUGGAAAUGCGUGCAGGGAGGUUCUCCUGGACCUGCGUGUGGCCCAGUAGGCCGAGCUCCGAGGCCCACGCGCUAGCUCUUUGUGUGGUAUACAACCAAAUCAGAUUCCCAUGUUCCUUAUGAUGUCAGAUAGAAGAGGCUGCGCUCUGGAAUGUCACCUUUAAGGGACGAGGAGUUCUCUUUUCCUUGAGAGAGGCCUAAUGGCAUGUUGACCACCAAUGGAGACCCUCUGUUAGACUCAUAGCUGAUGAGACGCUUCUCAGGAUGCCAACCUGUUGCACCAACCCCCCAAUUGCACCGUUGAUGCUGUGUGUACAUAGAUGGGCCUCUAACGCCCCCUUCUCCUUUUGGCUUUGUCUAGUCUACAACGACAUCUUGGUGUCCGGCCGCGGGGACUCCUUCUUCAUCCGGACCCACUUUGAGUACGAGAAAGAGACUCCUCAGAGCCUGGCCUUCAGCCGGGGGGACAUCUUCAAGGUGGUGGACACCCUUUACGACGGCAAGCUGGGCAACUGGCUGGCGAUUCGUGUUGGCAAAGACAAGCAGCUGCUGGAGAAGGGCAUCAUCCCCAACAAGAGCAGAGCGGAGCAGAUGGCCAGCGUCCAGAGCUCUCACAAAGCUGCUGCCGGCGAUCGGGCCGACUUCUGGCGGCUGCGGGGCCAGCGCUCCCUGAAGAGGAAGGACCUGAGGAAGAGCAGGGAGAACCUGAGCAGUCAGACCCUGGCCACGCGCUUCCCAGCGUACGAGCGGGUGGUGCUCCGAGAGGCGGGUUUCCGGCGUCCUGUGGUGCUGUUCGGCCCCAUCGCCGACGCCGCCAACGAGAAGCUGGCCUCGGAGAUGCCGGAGCUGUUUGUGGUCGCCAAAACCGAGCCCAAGGACGCCGGGUCUGAGAAGUCCUCGGGAGUGGUCCGCCUCAACACCAUCCGGCAAAUCAUCGAGCAGGAAAAGCACGCCCUGCUGGACGUCACGCCCAAGGCGGUGGACACCCUGAACUACACCCAGUGGUACCCCAUAGUAAUCUUCUUCAACCCAGACAGCAAGCACGGCAUCAAGGCCAUGAGACAGAGGAUCGCCCCCAACUCCAACCGCAGCGGGCGGAAGCUCUACGAGCAGGCCGUCAAGCUGAGGAAGACCUGCUCGCACUUAUUCACUGCCACCGUUGAUCUGAACUCGGCCAAUGACGCCUGGUACGGCGGCGUCAAAGACUCCAUCCGGGAGCAGCAGAUGCAGGCCGUGUGGGUCUCUGACGGCAAGCUGUAGAGAUGCUGUUCUCUCCAACAUAAUGGGACUAGAUGGCACUCGACUUAUGGUGAUCAACUUUUACACUUUUGCAUCCAAAUCCAUUGUUUAACUUUGGCAUGUGUAGCUUGUAUAAUCCCAAAGUGUAAAGUGUGGCAGAGCCACUUGGACACGAAGGUCUUCUCUCACUUUGAUAGGAGAACCACCCGGGCUGUACCAACCCUACGACCCGGAGCAUGAGGGGGGGGGCACUGGUUCACACUGCGGCUAUUUAAGUUGGAGCAGUGAGGGAGGGGCUGCUGUGCGGACCCCUUCGUUGGGCUCUGAGCAUGCUCACUGUGUGUCUUCCUGCUUCCUUCCAGUAGUGCUCUACAGCUCGGCUCUGUUUGUCUUUCUUCUCUCUUGUUCUUGUGCUAUCCGUCUGUCCGUCCUUCCUUCCUGUG